AUGAAUUUAUUAAAUGAUGUAAGCUAUGGUGAACUAUGCUCAGGAUUAAUUGCAGCAUCAAGUCGUGGACAUGUUGAUAUUUGCAAAUUAAUACUGCAAAAAAAUUCACAUACAGUAAAUUAUGUUGAUCCACAACAAUGGAAUGCAUUACGAUCAGCUGCAUGCAACAAUCAUGAUAAUGUUAUCGAUCUUCUCAUUCAAAAUGGUAUGGAAGUAGAUGAAUGUGGUGAAGGUGGACGAACAGCACUUCGAGCUGCCGCAUGGAGUGGACAUGAACGUGUGGUACGACGUUUGUUGAAAUGUGGCGCAAAUGUUGAUAAGCAAGAUGCGGAAGGACGUACAGCAGUUAUGGCUGCUGCAUUUAUGGAUCAUGCAAAUAUCGUUAGCAUACUUUUAGAUAAUGGUGCAGCACCAAAUAUAAUGGAUAAUUAUGGAUCAACCGCACUUCAUUUAGCACUUUCAUCAGGUGCUCAAACUUUUGAUCAUAAUGAAACUGUUGCAGUACUUAUAAAAGGUGGAGCAAAUUUGAAUAUCGAAGAUAUGAAUGGCCGAAAUUGUUUACAUAUUGCUGCUUAUCAUGGUGAUCAAAAUCUUCCAACAAUUAUUGAUUUCAUUCAAAAUAUUGAUGCACAGGAUCAAAAUGGUCGAACAUCAUUAAUGCUAGCAUCAAGUCAAGGUCAUUUGAUCGCCUGUCAACAAUUGAUCGAGCAUGGUGCUGAUACGGAUGCUAUUGAUGAAUUUGGUCGUACAGCAUUAAUUAUAGCUGCAAUGAGUGGUUUCUUGAAUGUUUGUGAGAUGUUGAUUAGUUUAGGCGCUGAUGAAGGUCAUAAGGAUAAUGAUGGUGCGGUAGCAUUGCAUUAUGCAGUUGCACAUUCAGAUUUGCAGUUAUGCAAAUCGUUAAUUACCUCAACUACUGCGCAAGCCACUGAUACACGUGGUGUACAUCCAUUACUCAUUGCUGGACAACGUUCAUCAGUUCAGAUAGUGGAAGAAUUAUUAAAAGCUGGUGCACCUAUACAUUUACAAUCACAUGAUGGUUUAUCACCUCUACGUGCUGCAGCAAUUAGUCGUAAUGAAUCAGUUUUAAAAUUUCUAAUAGAAUAUCUUCAAAAAAAUGAUGAAGAGCUGAAACUUGAUGAACCAGAUCUUGAUGGAGUACCAUUAAUUCAUACAUUACUUGUUUUACGUGAACCAUCAAUGGUUACCAUAUUAUUGGAAUAUGGUGCUUCAGCUAAAGUACGUGAUUCACAUGGACGUAGUUGUGCGCAUAUUGUUGCUCAGUUGAAUGAUCUUAAAUUAGCUGCUAUUAUACGAAAAUAUGGAGCAGAAUUUGAAGCACGUGAUGAAGAUGGUCGUACACCAUUAAUGAUUGCCGUUUGGUCAUCAAAUUAUAAAAUUUGUCACUAUAUGUUAGAAACUAUUGGUGUAGCACCAAAUGUUAUCGAUUAUCAGGGUGCAACAGCAUUAAAUAUAGCAGCAAAUAAUGGACAACGUGAUAUAGUUAUGCUAUUAUUAAGAUUUGGUGCUGAACCAUCGAUAUGUGAUAAUUUAGGUCGUUGUGCAUCAGAUGUAGCACAACUUGCAGGACAUGAUCAUAUCAGGCAAAUCCUGAAAAGCGCAAAUGGUUCAGCUGAUAGUUCCGGUUUUGGUUCAUUACCAAGUAGUCCAACACAACAAUCAAAAGCUAAAUUUUUUUUACAACAACGAAAUAUGGGAUCAUUGAAAUCAACCAAUAAUAAUUCGCAUGGUAUUACAACAAAAUGUAAUACUUUACAAAUUUAG